AUUCUGCGCUGCUUUCCGCACUGCUGCCCCCACCACAUCCACUACCGGAACUGUGGAACGGCCAUUUGCCUGGCGGUGCAGCCGCGGUCCCAACUCGCGUCGUUGCGUGCUGUGCUCGCGUUCACGACCGCAACCGACGACGUCUUUGCGCUGCACGACGUGGUCCCUAGUAGCUACUUUGAGGCCCACACCCGGUCGCGGUCCAAUAUAUUUGGCACGCUCUACGAAGGCCUCCGGCUGCCGUCGCUCGACACCGUGCGGCAUUUUCGCUUUGACGAAAAACUCGUCGAUGGCUGGCACUAUGCAUGGAAGAGCGGCCGCAGCAAGGCCCAGCGGGACCUUCCCCACGUGCUUCGGCUCCAGAUCCAAGACUUUGCGCCGCCCAGCACGAGCUCGGACCACUUGAUGGCCAUCUUGUCGAGUCUGCAGUCCAUCUCGUUGGAGGCGACGCCACCGCCGCUCCUCGACACUGCCCACGACGACGUGUGCCUCGCCAUGAUCGUCGCGCUGAACCACAAGGAUGUCUUCGAGCGCAUGAACGACGUCUUGGUUGCCAACGCCGCCGCGGUCCUCGACAAGACCGACCUCCAGCGCGUCUACUACGAGUGCCUCAUGGAGCAAGUGCUCUUUCCGAUCCUGGAGGCGGUGCUGGAUCAGCACCACGUCUCGGCAGUCGAGGUUGCGAGCGCGCUGCCACACCACACCAAGAGCAACGACCACCAUUUCUUUGGCCGGUUUGUGGCGCAGAUGCGCGAGUCGUACAUUUUGACACAGACGCUGGCGCCGACGCGCUUCCGCAGCCCAAGCGCCGGCAGCGCUGUGGAUGGCACGUGGGUGUGGCAACAAGAAGCCACCGUCGUGCACCACUGGGCGCUCUCAACGUCCCUCGUACACUACCUCUGCUUUCUCGACAACAUGUCGUCGUUCCAGCAGCGCUUCUCGACGCCAACGCUGCAUAUGCGGUCCAUGUCGCCUCGGUUCAGUACCGUGCCCUCCGAGUUUGUGUGCGACGCCAGCCCCCGCAGCCUGCGCGUGCUCCCGACCGGCGAGUCGUGCUUGGCCGACCUCGUUGUCGACUACGUCGGGUACGUGGGGCCGCACGGAGACGUGACGCUCGCGCUGUAUCUUUUGCAGCGCAAUGCAAACAUGUGCCUUCUCGCCGAGGUCCACAUCGCGCCUCGAGAUGGUCAGACAUUACUGUACACAGUGCGCGUGCACCGGGCCAAUGCCCCGUCGCCUGUCGACGACGCCUUCUUCGAUGCCGACGCGUCGUCGCGCGUCACAAUGUGCCAAACGCAGUGGCCGCUGGUGCCUGUCGCUUCAUUGCACAUGACGUAUACUCGCGCGCCGUGA